AAAUGGCUGUGCAGGGGUGCAGGGAGUUAUGAACGGGAAAGGAAACAGGGAGAAGUGAAAAAACAAGGACUUUGUACAACUUUCGUGCGCCGCUGGAAGCCGUCGUGUGCAUUCGAGGUAUUGGUAGGACUUUUGUCUGCCAUUUUGGAGUGUCUGAGCCACGCAGCUAAAAGUGAGAAGACUGAAGAAAUAUCCACGGUUGCCAUUUCAAGAAUGUAACUUUGGGACGUUUGGGCCUGCUCGCCUUUGAGAUGGUUGGUCAUAAUCCCUGUCCAGAACAUGUGGGAGCUUUGCAGAAGCGAAGAGGAUUAAAGACCGUCCCACUCUGCCACUGGUACUCCUGAUUUAGACCACUUCAUUCGAACGCGGGGAGCCAGCAACGCACAGCCCUCCACUGGCAAAUUUGAAACCAGGCUGAUCCAAUAGCAUCCAGCCAGCAGGUCUUCGCCGCUUGAAGGAGCAUGUUGCCUACGCUCUCCCUGUGCUCCAUCAUCUGGCUCAACCGGGGUAUCAAGCUGAGGAAAGUGCACCACUUUACCAACACCGGUCAGGUCUGAAAUAGCAGUCGGAAGGUCAGACUUGUGAAAAUGCUUCUCAGCUUUGGGUGACUAUCGACCCCUCGCUCCCCCACACCACCCGACAACAUCAUCUUUAGUGACUCAUAAACCUUCCUGGUUUCUCGGCCUGCACGAGGCCAGCCAUUGCAGGCCAAAUAACGCUCUGUCGGUGGCCAUUUUGAAUAGUUCUUCUCAAGCAAAAUGGCGACGGAAGGCUUCCAGUAUCGUGCCCUCUACACAUUCACCAAGGACCAGGAAGAAGACUUGGAGCUGCAGCCGGGGGACCUCCUGAUCGUGGGCAAGGCUUCGCUCCUGUCCAUGGAGAACUACCACGAGGGAUGCGCGGAGAAGCCUGAAUGCCUCGGCUGGCUCCUCGGGUACAACGAGCGCUCCAAGCAGAGAGGCGACUUCCCUGGAACGUACGUUGAAUAUGUGGGCCCCGUCAAGAUGGCUCUCCCGUCCAGUCAACCCCGGUCUCAGCGACCGCUUCCUGCUACUCCAAGACCAGAGACAUGUCAAGCUGCUUCAGUGCCGGACCUGAGUGAGCAGUUCACACCACCAGAAACGGCUCCCGCGGCCCUCGUCAGCCUCAUCCAAGCCAUAGAGCAGAGAGGUCUGGACUCUACAACUCUGUACAGGAUGACUGCUAGUUCAGACAACCCAGUCCACAGCCUAAGUCCUGAGAGUGACAUCAGUCAGACGGAUGCGGCCAUCCUGUCAGAGUGUGUCAUGCACUACCUAAGAGACCUCCCUUCCCCUGUCAUCCCUGCUUGUACAUACGCUCAGCUCCAAACUGCUAUCACACAGCAACGGCAGGUCCUACAGCAGUCCACAGAUGGUGCCGUAGCUGGCAGCCAUGAUAGAGAGGUAAGCCAGGUCCUCGAGAGCGCCACCACCGUCCCUCUCCAUCACCGUCUCACCCUGCAGUACCUCCUUGCACACCUGGCCAAGGUCGCACAGGCACAGGCCAGCAACAGCUUGGACAUGCACACGCUGGGGAAGAUCUUUGGACCGCUUUUGAUGAGAACAGGUCUCUCUACUUCGGGGUUGUCUUUGGAUGAAGAGUUACCUGCUCUUGUAGUGGAAAGGCUUCUGGUAGAGAGAACUGCAGAACAAGACCUCACUCCGCCAGUUCUUCCAGCAAAGCCAACAAAGUCAAAAAUGGCACCAUCAACCAUGACGGACACAAGCACCCUUCUCAGCGAUGCAGAAUGGUACUGGGGAGAAAUUUCCAGGGAGGAGGUAAAUGAGAAAUUGAGAGACACCCCUGAUGGUACCUUUCUAGUUCGAGAUGCCUCAAGCAAACUGGAGGGAGAGUACACUCUUACGCUCAGGAGAGGCGGGAACAACAAACUUAUAAAGAUCUACCACAGAGAUGGCCGUUACGGCUUCUCAGAGCCGCUCACCUUCCUGUCUGUAGUUGAGCUGAUCAACCAUUACCGCCAUGAGUCCUUGGCCCAGUACAAUGCCAAGCUGGACACCAAACUUCUGUACCCGGUUUCAAAAUACCAACAGCUGGUGAAAGAGAACAGCAUCGAGGAGGUUGGUGAACAGCUGAAGGUCUAUCACGAGCAGUACCAGGAGAAGAGUCGCGAGUACGACGCCCUGUACGAGGAGUACACACGCACGUCACAGGAGCUGCAGAUGAAACGCACAGCCAUUGAGGCCUUCAACGAGACCAUCAAAAUAUUUGAAGAGCAAUGUGAGACUCAAGAGCGUUACAGCAAAGAGUCUUUGGAGCGAUUCCAGCGUGAAGGCAAUGAAAAGGAGAUUCAGAAGAUUCACAGCAACUCUGAACGUUUGAAGUCUCGUGUGAAGGAGAUCCAUGACAGCAAGCGAAAGCUGGAGCAGGACUUGAGACAGCAGGUCUCGGAUAACAGAGAAAUUGAUAAGAAGAUGAACAGCCUCAAGCCAGAUCUCAUGCAGCUCCGCAAGAUCAGAGACCAAUAUUUAAUAUGGCUGACGCAGAAGGGUACAAGGCAGAAAAAGAUUAACGAAUGGCUCGGCAUAAAAAACGAUGCUGAUGACUCAUACUCGCUGGAGGACGACGAGGGCUCGCCCCAUCAUGAUGAGUGCACCUGGUAUGUGGGUGACAUCAAGCGCACCCAGGCUGAGGAAAUGCUGAGGGGCAAAUGUGAUGGAACCUUCCUCAUCCGUGAGAGCCAAUCACAGAAAGGCUCAUACGCCUGCUCCGUUGUUGUGGAUGGCGACGCCAAACACUGUGUCAUCAACAAGACGACCACAGGUUACGGAUUUGCAGAGCCAUACAAUCUCUACUCGUCCCUGAAAGAUCUCGUGCUUCACUACAAAAAUGUCUCCUUGAUCCAACACAACGAGCAGCUGAAUGUAAAUCUCGCAUACCCAGUCCUGGCCCGCUCUCAAAACCAGAACCAGCACCCCAGAUGAAUUCACCACCAGCAGUCAAGGCAGACAACCAGGGUGGGGCAAUUUUCACUCAAAUGCAUUGGGCGCGAAAGAAGGGGGGCCGUUCAUGUUUUUAAGUGGCGAGUCAAAUCAACUUAACAAGCAUGACUCUCUAGCUUGAGGCGGGGGGUUGGGGGGCGGGGUGGGGGGGGUAUAUUUUCCAUCUGACCCCAGUGCAGCUAAAGAGCACUUCUUGCCAGCAGCAUGGCUUCACAGUAAGCACAUCAACUUUGUAACUCAGCAAUGUACAUACAGUUAGCAUGACACAGCAAGUUCGGUUUGCCAGGCGGGACUGUACAGUGUCAGAUACACAAACCCGGUGUGACAAAUUUACAAUAACACGUCUGGAUUCCGAAGAAGAACAUGUGUUCAAGGAUAAGCACACAUUAAUAAUAUUUUUAGACAUCCGGAAGAAGGCGGAGGGACAUAUGGUGGGAUGAUGGGACAAUUUACAGGGGGCACUUUUUUUUUUUUUUUUUGCCUUAAACUCAUAACUGUUUAUAGACAAAGGCCCAAACUGUUAUCCCCAGACUGCCUGCAAACUCUCCGUAGACAAAAGCCUGAGCUGUCAUCCUAUGAAAAGGACUUGCUUGGCUAAACCAGGCUGCUUGCUUCACACCUUAAGACGGCUGAGAACCCGUUGGACCAGGGUGGUGUUGUCACUGGAGCCUGGGGAAAGGGGAAAGUGGAGGGCUUGGGUACAUUUUGUGGAGUGGAUAUUUGUUGGGGGGCGGGGGGUAGAAAAGACUAAUUGAAUUUGACGCUUGUGUAAGUACCGUAGUAAUAGCUUUCAAUGACCACAAGCCUGUGUCGCUAGUAGAGAGUGUUGGGAGAGGAGGAGGCUGUCACAAUAGACAAAGUUACAGCUUUAAAAAAUAUACUUUUUUUGUUUUAUUUCCACCUGCUUUGGCUCAGCAAGCCUCUGUUUGAACUGACGAGGUAUUCGAGUCUAAAAAUGCAUGGUACGUAUUUGGUAUACGGUGAAAUAGUUUUCAAUCACAGAUGGAUAUUGAUUCAUGCAGUUCUUCGCUAUUCAGGUUUCCUUCUGACUGAAAUUUCUCAAGGUUCCUGCAUCCAGCUUCUUUUUUUUUGUCUCCUCCUUUUAGACUGUAGCACGUGUAGCCAUUGACUUAACUGUUAGUGCUCCUUGUAUGUGUCUGCUUCCUAUACGCUAAAGGAACCUGCAGAGCAUCGCUCUAUGUGAUUAUUGUAUCUACGGUACUGUAUUUGCUUUGUCUCCUGUUAGAUACACAGUUUCUGAGAUCCUUGCAGAUGUUUUUUUUUUGUUAAAUAGUAUAUACUCACAAUACUUCCCCUUCUUGCGCUUGACUGUUGGUUUUUAUCACAAGUUUGACUCACAGAGCUGUAGAACAUUUAAUGUACAGAGAAAAGAGAAGCAGUAAUAUAACAGUAUAUUUUAGCCAUACGUGCAGUUGGUGUAUGUGAGUUUUUUUUUUUUCUUUUAUGAUUGUAGCUUAGAUUCCGUUUCCUGCAUCCAGCGACUGUGAGCCAAAUGAAGGAUCUUUCAUGUAGCAAGAAAACCUUUUUUUUUUUUAAUGGUUGGUUCUUCCUGUUUGGUUUCUGACUUGUUGUGCGUACACAGUGAAGCAUGAUAUGCGUGAUUGUACUAUGCACACCAGAAUAGUCCGAGGAGAAGAACUGCUUCUCUUUCACCUCUUCUCCUAUAUUCGUUUCAAUUCAGGUUUCACUCUCAAAGCACAAAGUUUGCUUGUAAGUCAACUAUAAAUCUCAGUUGCCAAAAAAAAGUAUAUUUUUGUAGAGUGCUGAGGGGACGUAAGUCAAUUAGUGUAUGAUGUCUUGACAGAUGUAAGGAGUGUGAUGACUUGAUUUAUUUUUGACAACGGAAGUCAAUGUAAACAACACCAGCUUCAGCUAUCAGGCAAAUAGCUGAGCAUCCUAAUUCUUUACAAAGUCCUGCUACCUUUUUAGUUUAGUUGGACUGGGCCAACUUUCCCCAAUGUUGAUUUCAGCCAUCUCUUAGCCAGGCUUAUUCAGUCGUACUGUACUUUGCACAUGUCUUUUGGUUGAACGAGAGGUGAGGUCAGCGCUUCUGCUCAGAGGGCUUUCAAAACAAAACAAAACAAAAAAAAAAGGUUGGAAGAGAUAAAAAAAAAGUGCCUUUCGUCGAUGAUGAGCGCAUCCUCUCCUCUUUGUUUGUUGUUGCCAGAGAGUCGGUGCCAUCGCUGCCACAUGCUGUGCCCAUCAUGCGUUCACCUUUUCUCAGCAAGAACCAGCGUGUGUGUGUGUCUGUGUGUGUGUGUGUGUGUUUAUGUGAGUAAAUCAGCAUGUUUUAGGUUUAGUUGUGCCUCUUUGUUGUUACAUGUGAAUUGUUACUUUCUCAAUCGGGGGCUGCACAGUAACUUGGUGCGCCCCCUCUUUGCACGCAAGCUCGCUUUUUUUCAUUUGGAUUUGGUCCAGAUUUAACACUCAGACUACAAUGUGAACCGCCAAGGCCCAGUGUAGUUGUUUGCGACACACGACGAGAUAAGCUCUCCAGUUAACGCAUGCAGCAUUUAUGACACGUUGGUUCCAUGUGAACGACUACGUCACCUGCCAUUGCUGACAUCUGUCAUCCAGUUUGUUGGACCAACACUUGACUGCACUUUUUUGUCUGUCCCACACACAAAUAAGUAGAACCCUAAAAAGCCGUACAGUCCGGUGAAGCUCAGUUUCCUACAGUUGAUUAGUUUGAAGCUCACAGUAUUCAAUGUACAUUUUUUGCUGCUGUUCUUCUGCAGACACAAGCGUCACGAUAUUAGCUAAUGUAAUACUUUCCCAGCUGGCUUCUCAUGCACUUUGAUCCACACGCUAGUCGAAUAGACUACAAUUUCUUUACAAUCCUUCAUGAGGAUCAGGAUUGCUUCAUGCAAUACAGGUGAAUCUCAGUAAAUUAGAACAUUAUGCAAAAGGUAUUUGAUGUCACGAGUGGAAUUCAGACGAAGAGACCAAUUCAUGUUUUCGCAAUUUUGUUUGCUGUAUAGUGUGAACCAGUAGCUGACAAUACAGUGGAAACUCAGUUGUCAACAUGAAUCCAUUCCAAAAGGUCAGAUGAAUACCCAAACUGAAAAUGCAUCAAAGAAAUCAUGUCAAUCCAAUGAAUGCGUUCUAGUCCCAGAAAUAUUAACGCAACUAAAGGUACCUUUGGACUAAUAUGAUGAUGAUAACAGCGAUAGGAGUUUAAUUAUUUUUAGCUAUAGCUAUUCAUGUAAACUAUUUUUGUUAGCAUCAUUAUAUCGGUCCAAACUAAAGUACAAAUUUGUAGCAAGUAAUAAAACGGAUCACUAACCUGAAGAAACAAGGGGGGGGUCUAAUAAUUUUUUCCACGAUUGUAUAAUUAUUGAAGGAUUUCCUGUACGGAAUCUGUCUGUAGUGUCCCAACUCUAAAAAAGAACUAUCCAUUUACAGAGACUGAGUCAUAAGUGAGACCAGCCAUCCAUCUAUUUUCUAUGCCGCUUAUCCUCACUAGGUUGGCUGAUAUGCUGGAGCCUAUCCCAGUUGUCUUUGGACUGGUCGCUAUCCAAUGGCAGGGCACGUAUAGACAAACAAUCAUUCACGGUCACAUUCAUACCAUACAUAGAGUCGCCAAUUAAGCUAAUACGAUUGAAAACCGAGGUACCGCGGUACUGAAAUAAAAGACUUCAAAGAUAUUGUAAUUUGUUGAGAUGCACCUGUAGAUGCGAAUGGUUGUUAUUGGGUGGAUCAGGAGAAAAAAAAACAUGUCUGGAAAAAGAGUGUCAGUUUAUUGCAGCUUGUUUCAGGGAUGAUCAGGUGACUUUGGAUCUGCUUUCUUCGUUUUGUUUGUCAGCUUUUCUGUAGUCGCCUUCAGCUGCCAUAUUUGUGACAGAUGUGUAAAGGCCCGAGGCAAUGCAAAAUGUUAUUAACGUUAGUAGCAGACAGGCAAGACGCGGGCAUAUGGUCAGGUCUCAUUCGCACUUAGCUUCCUUCCUGCUCGUGUAUGUAUUUACAUAUGCAUUUGUGACCGGGUGUAUCUUGAAAAGCGUUUUUUUCUACACAGCAAAUGAUCAUUCAAAGAAUGAAAUAUUUUUUCAUCAGCUUUGGUACACUGUAAAUGAUCUUUCUUGAAAAAAGGCCUCAUGCACCAAGCAUAUCUUUCACUGACUACGAGGAACAUGCAAUUUGGUGUCUGUAAAAGUUUGGCAAAUAAACCAGAGAGACGUAAUACAGAAUAACUAUUUUGAAAUAUAUACUUAUAUCUAUAUUUUUGAAUGAUGUAAUUAUCAUUUGGAUUGUGCUUGAAACAAAUCAGAAAGGAAGUGUCGGGGGGGCGGGGGGGGUAUCUUCAGGCGGCUUUGAAAUCAGGGCGAAACAGUUCAUAAACGCACGCAAUUUCACUAAUCAUUAAGCUUGGACAUACUUUGUGGUUAUCAUCAAUAGAAUAUGUUAAACUUGAUAAUAUUGUGAUGAAGCAAGCUCAUGUACAUGUGUUAAUAUUUACAGAGCCAAGGCUUUAUGUUGGAUGCAGUCUUGGCUGCUUUGCAUUUAUUACAUACUAGAGAGAUUUGCUUUAUUUCUUCUUCAACGUGAGAAUCUGUCAUUGUCAUUUGAAAGAUUGUUGUUUUGGGGAGUAGACACAGUGUUAAAGGUGCACCACAAAACAAACACUUGUGGAUACAAAGAAAAAAAAUGGAUAAAAGGUACAGAUCCCAGUCACUCCUUUAUGCAGAUCUUUGCAAAUGCAACAAUGAUGGCAUUAGAAAGUGUUCUUUCAUGGUGCCUGAGGAUGUUUUUUUUUUGUUAUUUUUUUAUUUAGCUUUUUAAAAAAGCUGAUUAGAAUUGUUUGUCCAAGUGUUUUUGUUUGUUAAAUGAUAACUUUACAGAGCCUAUACAGAAAAAAAUAAGCUAGCUUGAUUUUUUUUUCUCCGUACAGAAAAAAAUACAAAUGUUUACAAUAUGUAAUUAACCAAACAGUAAAUACCCAUUUGACACUCAGUCUAUCUCUCAAAGUGGCUGUGAUUGAGUUGCAAUUGUUUAUUUCCUGUCAUUUUAAACUUGAAAAAGACUUUCCCCUCUUCUUCUGUUACUGUUCCUCUGUUUUUAUUUGUAUUAUCAGAGCAGUGCUCCCUCUUUUACAUUUGUUUGUCCCAAACUGAGCCUUGUAUGUUGCAUAUUUCUUCAAUUGUGAGGUGGUUUCAUUCUGAUUGUCAGCAAUCUCAUGGAGUAACAUGUCAGCAUUUGCAGCAAUUAAAAGUAAAAGCUCUUUCUUUUUCUUUUUUGGGCCUUUUUCCAGUUGUUUGUCUCUAAAUUGAGUGUUCGUCAUCCAGAAUAGCAUCUAACUGUAUCAGAAGGCUCAGCUGCAUCAUCAGGAAUCAUAAUAAAAUGACAUGAACGACAAAGCUACCCCACACCCAUUGAUUUCAGAGGGAGCACUGUUGAUCCAGCCAGUAUCAGCCUAUUGGUUGUUUUUGUCUCACCACAUAUACACAAAAAAUGUUUUGUCCUCGGGUGUUCCCCUUUCCUCCGUCCUGUUGGUCAUUUUUCUAAUUUCUUAUUUUGUGUAAAACUUGCUUCACAGUUCAAUUCACAAAGGUACUCUUUCAUCUGUACGGUUCUCUCUAGCCAGAUGCAAAUGAUUUUAAAAGACAAUAAAAUAUAUGGUAUAUAAAAAUGGGCUGUUUUGUUGUCUGGUUUUAUUUAAAUGUCCAGCAGGGGGCGUUUAUAUUAUUUGCUAAGCUGGCAAUAAUAAUAACACAUAACUACAUCUAAUUUUUGUACAU